CUCGAAUUCUCCAGUCUGAGCUCAACAACAAACACAGUAGUUUGUUCUAGACUUCCGAGCAAAAAUUUUGCAGUAAAGCUCAGGAAACAUACGACAUGUCAGACACAAAAUCUGAGGAUGAGAAUGGUACAGAAUUAAGAGAUGAUCAUCCUGAUGAUGAACAACAUGUUGAACAUUCAAAAUUUUCAGAGCCGGAGAAGCAAGAUCCUUUGCCCUGCCCUGAACAACAGGAGGAAGCAAUCAAGAAGAAGUACGGAGGAUUAGCACCUAAAAAACGGCCCCUGAUAUCCAAGGACCAUGACCAUGCUUUUUUUGAUUCUGCUGAUUGGGCACUGGGAAAGCAAGGAGUGCAGAAGAGCAAAGGACCGCUGGAAGCACUUCGUCCAAAGUUGCAGCCUACGCCACAGCAGCAAAUUCGUUCAAAGCGCUCAGCUUAUGCUCAUUCAAGUGAUGAUAGUGAAGGUACGCGACUUUCACGGCCAUUAUACCCACAAUCUACUACAAUGCAACGAGCAUCAGCCAUUUUAUCUCUUUCCGCAGGGAAUGAGAGCUGCCAGGACAAGUGCACUCCCGAGCAGGAGGACCAGAGCAAAGGACUAGACGGGUUUUCUGACGAUAAUUCUCAUCCAGAUGAUCAAUGCCAUACGGUUCAUUGCCCAGGCUCCUUGCACGUAGACGACAACUAAAAGUUGCUCGCUAUAUUCUGCUGAUGGAAUUACCAAAGAGUGAUAAGAAAUGCAUUGCAGAUUUUAUAGCUAUGUUAGGUAGUAGUUCGAGUAUGAUGAUCUUUGCCGCAACUUCGAUGGAUGCGAUGAACUAACAAAAGAUCUUGUAUCCUUGAUGUGGAGUUGGACAUAAAGUUACUCUCUUCGUGAAAAGCAGAACAUAGUAAUAACAUGCACACAUUUAUAUACACCUGAUUGGAGUAUUGUAGACUGAUAUAUCGUAAUUAUUUAGUUGGAGUAAUGUAGACUGUACUGUAGUGAAUCAUUCUUGAGUCUUGAUAGAGGAAUUCCGCAUCUCCAAGGUGCCAUUUUCCCGCCA